CAACUUCCUGUUCCGGUCCCGCUGCUGCACGCGCACGGGCGAAAAUGGCGGCCCCACUGUGGCGGCAAUGCCAAAGGUGGAGUAUUGGCAACACCGGGACGAGUUUACUAGAAGCCCAGUGGCACUUUAGAGUCAGACCGGGAUCUGUUUCUGUUGUGUCCAGUGGGCGGGCGAGCUGGAGCUCCUGGUCCGGUGACGAGCCAUUAUUACAACCAAAGCAGAGGGUCAUACAGAGGACUACAUUAUCCGGUACCAGACAUGAACCCCAGCUAUUGUAUGCAUCAUAUUCCUGUAAGAAUGUCCACAGUGAUGCCAAGUUGAAAGACCCCUUCACGCUAGCCCAGAAAGAUUUAGCAAGCUUGUAUGAUGACAUCAAAAAAGAGUUGUUUGUAUCCAAAGAGGAGCUGAAGUCUUUAUGUGACUACUACUUUGAUGGCAAAGGUAAAUCCAUCCGGCCGAUGAUUGUGGUCCUCAUGGCGCGUGCCCUCAACAUCCAUAGCGACAGAGCAGGAGACCUUCUCCCAGGCCAGCGUGCCGUUGCCAUGAUCUCGGAGAUGAUCCACACAGCUAGCCUGGUGCACGAUGACGUCAUCGACGGGUCGGACAAGCGUAGAGGGAAGAGAACCAUCAAUGACGUAUGGGGGGAAAGAAAGGCCAUCUUAGCCGGAGACUUCAUACUGUCGGCCGCGUCCACGGCUCUGGCUCGCAUUGGAAACAUCACCGUGGUCAAAGUGUUGUCACAGGUCAUCGAGGAUCUUGUCAGAGGCGAGUUCAUGCAGCUGGGUUCCAAGGAGAACGAGAACGAGCGCUUCAAACACUACCUGGAGAAAACCUUCAAGAAGACGGCCAGCCUGAUCGCUAACAGUUGCAAAGCAGUGUCCAUUUUAGUCAAUUCGGACCCGGACAUUCAUGAGAUAGCGUACCAGUACGGGAGGAAUGUUGGAAUUGCAUUUCAGCUGGUGGACGAUGUGUUGGACUUCACCACAGGCGCCAGUCAGCUUGGGAAGCCCUCGGCGGCGGACCUCAAGUUGGGCUUAGCUACGGGACCGGUUCUUUUUGCUUGUCAGCAGUUCCCUGAGCUUCACGCAAUGAUUAUGAGACGCUUCAGCUCCAAAGGAGAUGUCGACCGAGCCUGGCAGUACGUCAUCCAGAGUGACGGCGUACAGCAGACAAACUUCCUGGCGCGGCGAUACUGCCAAGAAGCCAUCAGACACAUCAGCAUGCUGCGGCCCUCGGCGGAGCGAGACGCUCUCAUCAGGCUCACUGAGAUGGUGCUCACCAGAGACAAAUGACACCUCUCCUCACCUUCAGGCAGCUAACGCCACCCGAACACUUCCUCUUCCUGCCACACAGGAGCGAGGCCAAAAUGAGUGUGAAGAUGUCACUCAAUGACGUACUGUGACACUUUCUACCUCUAUUAUGUGAGUCGCAAAUUAUGGAGUAUAACACAAGCCAUGUGUACCAAAAAUGUAUGUAAAUAAGUGUGUGUUUAUGGUUAUUUAAAUAGAAUCAAUGUAAUAAUAAUAGCAAGGCACUGAGCUGUGAUGCUGUUGUACUGUACCGUAACCUUAACGUGUCUAAUUCCCGAACCACACUGAAGCUUGUCGUGCACACUUGAAAGGAUCAUGAUGAGAACCCGUUUCGCCAAGUGUCCUGUAACAAUCACAGCCUUAAUAUCAACAAGUACUGCUCAAUAAAACACACUUUUUUUUUUAAAAAACAUCAAACUUAUUACCGUGUAUGUUCAGUUUUAACUCCCAAUCAAUCACCAACAUGGUUGUUGUACAUAGAAUUGUUUAUUAUAAAAGGCUGUACAUUAAAUUUUUUUAAUCAACAUAUUUUACAUACAAAUGAAGGGCAGAGAGAUUUCACUAUCCGAGACACUGAGCCUCGAUUUGUUGUCGGAAGAUGCAUAAAAGCAAACGUGACAACAAAAAAAAAGACGUGAUCUGAGAUGGCAAACACCUGAGUGGGAACAUAAGAGGAUUCAUCAUGGCCGAAGUUGUUUUUUUUUUUAAAUUAGACGUGGAAUGUUUGGGUGCUUUUCACAUAAAUUGUAUGAAAAUAAUGUACUGUACACCAGCUGAUGGUUUGGUGUAUGGUGCUAGUUUGUUAAAGAAUGCUAAUAAAAGCACAAAUUGAUGACCGUUAUAGUUAUUUGGAACAAUAAGCAGACUACAGUACAUCAGUAAAUAAGACGACGGCGUCUUUUAUGGGACGAUAAGCUAGCUGCUACGAAGUAAAAGUAUUGACGGCUUGGGUUUUCAAUACGGUACUGCCAAACCGAGAAUGUUGAGGUGAUACUGCGUUUCCAGAAAACUUUAUACUU